AUGCGCUUCGUUCAGAAGCAGGACCAAAAGACUUGGCCCUAUGCUUGUGACUCGGUCGGUCGGGCUCGCGGUUACUUGCAUCUCGGGGUCCGCGUGGGACGGGUCGAGUGCUUCGAAGCCAUCGGCCCGGCGCGCAGCAUCUUCAACGACGAACUCAGCGGCAAGAUUGUUGCCUAUCUAAGAGACAACAGCGACCAGCUACCGGAUUCUGGAAACUGCGUCGAUCUAUCGCUCUUCAUGGUCGGCAAGUCGGCCAAGCGUUCGAAACCGAUUGUCUUGUUCGUGUCCGAGGACAAGCCUGCUCGACGAGAAGCCUUCAGGUUGAUAAAAGACAGUGGCAUCAUGAAGGACUACCAGGGCUUCGAGCUAGGAAACAUGCCUCUAAAGGCCGAGUUCGAAAGCCUCCGCCCUCUGGUGCGAGAGGCAUCUGCUGCCAAGGCAGCUACGACUGACGAGAACCCGACUGCCAGCGUCGCCCAAUCCAUCUGCUCAGCGACUAGCGAACAAGUGUCCUUGCACGUGGCGCCCAACCAGCCUGAGGACGAGGAAGAGAUUAUGCGAUCGAUGGCUCGUCGGAAGAGGAAUGCGCGCCCCGAGGAGUUGGCGCCCAAGCGAUGCCGUGAGCUGGGCUGCAACAAGGAGUUUAAGCGCCCGUGCGACCUGACCAAGCACGAGAAGACGCACUCUCGGCCGUGGAAAUGCCCCUAUGCAACCUGCAAGUAUCACGAGUUUGGCUGGCCUACGGAGAAGGAGAUGGUCCGGCACGUCGAUGACAAGCACUUGGACUCGCCCACCAUGUUUGAGUGCUUUUUCGCGCCCUGCCCGUACAAGUCGAAACGCGAGUCCAACUGCAAGCAGCACAUGGAGAAGGCCCAUGGCUGGCUUCGCAACCGCAACAAACCCGAUGGCAAGAUGCCUAGCAUUUUAACCCCCCCGAGGACCGUGAGCAGGACCGUGAGAAAGACCGUGAGCUCAAAUGACCAACCGGGCACUUCACCAGCCAAACGAAUCGGCAUUGCUGCAGGUUCCGACGGGGGUUCGGGAGCCACGAGACUGCUGAUCCCGGACGAGAGCGGUGCAAAUGGAGCACUGCGUCAAGCGACUGCUGGCGGACUCGUAUCUUUUCAGGGGAUUUUCAUGUUUCUAGCCGUUUGCCAUUGCCUGGACAGAGCCAGCGACGGAAUAUUGCAGGCUGCUGCCGACGAUGAUGAGGAUGACGAGUGUGAGAUUACGGGGUUGGCGGACUUUGAAGAUUUUGAAGACGAUGACAUGAAUGCCACCGGAAGAGGGAGUUUGUCGCCACUGUGUUCUCAGCGACAUGACCCGGCAUCUUCAGAGAGCCUCGACGACGCCCCCUACAGUUCAUAUUCAUCGUCGCCUGGUCCUGCCGUCGAGCCCGGUGAUUGGUUCGACGAAGUGAAGCAGAAGUCCCCGGACCCCGAGCCGCCAGUCAAUACUCGAGACGUUGUUGACAUUGCUCAGCACCUCGAGGUAGUCAUGUCCUCACGCGCCCUUGACACAGCGCUGCUUGUCGUGGAUAAAGAAACGCCGGGGACAAUCGGCCUCUCCGACUAUCGCUUGCGGGAACGAGCUAUUCCCCUCGAAGACUGCUCCAAACAUGUCGAGCCUGGCCCGAGGGACGCUGCUGUUAGGGUCGCCACGCCCGACAGGGGCGUGAUACGGGGGACUCUCUCCGGCACAGUAUCCUUCAUCCGUCUGCCACAUGUCGCCGACUUCCACGAGGUUUACACAGUCAACCUCAUGUCGCCGCUGGUGCCGGGUGAUUGCGGCAGCUGGUCCCUCGACUGGGCUCGCCAUCGUCAUGCCUGCGUGUCGCGUCUUUGCCAGUGCCCUCUCCGCCUUGGCGUCGACGAAACAGACUACGCAGCAUGA